CGCACAAGCGCACACGCUCGUAUUUGCAUAUUUCAAGAACCCUUUCUCCCCAGAGAAGAGAGUAAUUCAAAAUCCCCUGCUUCUUCUUCUUCGUGUUGCUCUCUGAUUCCUCUGCUUUCCUCUGUACCCUUCUCUCUCUCUCUCUCUCUCUCUCUCUCUCUCUCUCUCUCUCUCUCUCUCUCUCUCUCUCUCUCUCUAGGUCGCUCACUCGCUCUCUUGGCGAGAGAGAGUCUCCACCUUUCUGGGUUUUCGACAAGCUGUUCGCGUUCUCUCUCCCUUCGAAUUCCGCUCUGUUUUUCCUGCUCUUUUCGUGGUUUGAUGAUGAUCGGAGAGAAUCCCGAGAGAGGGUAUCAGGGCGAGCUCUGCGACAAGAUCUUCCCUAACGAGCGAGUGUUGGGAGGUCACAUGAGUCGUCCCGUGGCCAAGAAUAUAGCGGAGGGAGAGCCGCCAUUGGCGAUCGAUGACGGCGGCUUGGAGGAAGCGGGACGUCCUGGGUAUCGUCUCCGAGUGAACCCCAAGAAAUCGUGGAAGUUCUUGGGGCUGAUGGAAAAUUCCCAAGAAAAUCCGUGCCCCGUCUGCAACAAGCAGUUCGGGUCGAUGAAUGCUCUGUGUGGCCAUAUGAAGAUUCACUCGGGGAAGGACGACGGGAGCGGCGACCGGUACCGGGGAAAAGGGUCCGGGUCGAUGAAAUCUUGCUGGGAUCGUGCGAAGCGAAUUCACGACGGGAAGAGAUUGAGUUUGAGUCUCUCGAGUGAAGAUCGCUAUGUGGGCUGGAGCAAGACCAAAGGUGAUUUACUGCUCAGCGUUUUACUCGACGACGAGGCAAUGCACGUAACCAGGAGGAAGAGGACACCGCGAAUCAGUUACGGUGUCGAUGAAAGAACUGAGGGAGUUCUGUCUUCCGCGCCGAAUGGGUUUUCGUUCAGUAGCGAGGACGAGCAAGACCCGGUAUACGAUGCAGCAGUUCUGUUGAUGAUACUGUCCAAAGGUGAGGCGGGCUUCAAUUCUUCGGGUUUGGGCGUCGAACCUUUCCAGAAGAGAUCAGUCCCAGAUUUCUUUGACGUGGAAAAACUGAGGAUAACCGAAACAUCCGAAUACAAUGAAAGCCAUUCAAGAGGCUAUACUAGAAUGAAGAGGAAAGGGGUCGAAUUGGCAGUUCCCGCCGGAAUGCUUUGUGGGGAUAGGGAAGCUGUGCACAAGAAGCCUAAAGCAGCCAGAUCAGGCGAAGAGCCGAUGUAUGAGGCGGCAGUGAUGGAUUGUGACAUGAUGGGAAUUGUGGGUUCUGAUCCAAGGGAAACAGCAGAACUAUGGAUUGAACCAGGGCUAAAUUCAUACAGAGAUAAGGUCUGUGCUGAGAAAUCCCAAGUUUUCAGUGAAUUGGGUGAGAAAAAUAAGUAUAAAAGCAGGGACGCUGAGAGCUACAAACGGGACGCUCCAGUCGAUGCUUGUCAAGGGAUUGAACGGAAUCGUGGCUGCGCGGAACUCAACAACAUCAAGGACUACUCGGAGAAGGCAAUCAGGCAUGUAUGUUCGAUAUGCCACAAGGAUUUCUCAUCAGGCCAAGCUUUGGGCGGUCACAAGAGGGCUCAUUACGCGAAGAACCCUGAAGCCAAUGCAGAAAUGCCAACAAGCGCAGCCACACAGCAGAAGCUCACAGACAUAACGAACAUGGUUGAUCUUUAGCCUCUCAGUACUGUUUGGAAAAAGAAAAAACAAAGAUCGUUAGUGUUGUGUUCGAGUGAUGAAUCGCUGUGACAGAGGCAAAAGCACAAAUGAGAUGAUGGUGAACUCAAUGUGCAGCUUAGCUUAGUCCAUUUAUUUUGUUCCUGGCAAUAAGCUUUCUAGAUUUGGGUUUUUUUAGCCCCGUUUUCUUUUUCUGUUGAAGCUUUUAGUCCAUCCAUAUCUUCUAUUCUAAUUUCUCUGUUGAUGUAGAUGAAUACAUUCCUUUGGCAUUCUCAUGCCAAUGCUUUUGC